AUGGGUGCGGUUACUUAUCCCAAUGGUUGUCUGAGACAACUCGGUGCUCGCAUGGCCUGUGCGCCGUAUUUGCAUGGUGUGGCAGGAGUUGUUAACGAGCUCUUCUGGGUUGUUAUCAUCUACCUCUUCAGCGAGCUUCUGAUAUGGAGUCUCAGUCUUGCUCUCCGACUUGCUGCCUUGGAAUAUUUCUCGGCCAUUUUCAGCAUGGUCGUUGUUUUCCUGUUUAUGACUUUGCUGCAUCAAGUUUGCAAAACCUCUGAUGAGUUCUACCACCUCAGAGUCAAGUCCAAGGUCGACUUUAUCAACAGGAACAUAGGGAUCGGUUUCCCAGUGCCCCUUGUGGCUAUCAGUCCCGACGAAGCCCUAGGCGGAAGGGAAAUCGGUGCAGUCAUCGGAAACUUUGUUCUCACAAACAUCAUCUUCUGGCCCCUGAUCUUCAUACUGGGCUGGGGAGUCUUAACCGGAGUCUCAUGUCUGCCUCGCUACUUCUCCAAUAACAAGGGAACACCAUCACAAAGGCCUGACAAGUCGACCUGCAUGCCUACGCCGCCUUCUCAGCUUGAGUUAGCUCCGCCCUUGAUGCGGAGAUCAUCCGACGUCAGCACUCUCCGGAACUCAGCUACCCUUACAGAACGGGAAGGCACACUGGUCCCUGAGGCUAGAGCCGCUUCGAUCUACCUUGCUAAAGUCGAGAAUAUCUCUCCGACAUCCGAGUCACAGCUGUCGCCCCAAGAAGCGCCCAAACAGGGCGAGACUGAGAGACAGCAGCAGAACGAAAGAGAUAAUGAGAAACCCAGCAGUUGGAGCAUUCCGGCCUCUUUCAAGACAUACUACCCCAUCGCCCUCUCCUUGUUCCUCCUCAUCACGGUUGCCAUCCCGGUAUCCCACCGGACUGGAGACGAUCGCGUUUUAGAUGGCUGUGUGAUGUGGCUUACCUGGAUUACAAGCACCAGGCUCCAACGUAUCCUCACAACGCGAAGUCAGAGCAGACCGUCAACCACCCCGCUGGCCUCGAACCUAAAACUGACCUUCACCACCCUCCUCAAUCCCGUUCUCCUCACUACGCUCGCCAUGACAGCCUACACCCGCGCCAAAUCCGCCGCGACCAGCACGCCCCUCCCCACCGUCCUAGCGACCUUCACAAGUGGCACGUCGCUUUCGGAGCUAUGGUCGCACCAGGCAUCGAUAUACCCGCUCAAGCCGACGAAAACCCCCCACUUCGGAGCAGGCGACGCCGCACUCUCGCUCCUGGAGAGCGGCAUCGUGGUAUGGGGCUUCAAGCUGCAGGAAUGCAGGGCGCAGCUCGCCUCCCGCGCGGGCGUCGUCGUGGUCCUCAUCUCCACGGCUGCGGCUGCCCUCAACGCCUUUGCAGCGCCGCUUCUGGGACACUUCGCGCUCGGGCUAGGCGCGGCGCCCAGCCUGGCGUUCGCAGCACGGUGCACCACACUCGCUCUGGCGCGGCCGGCUAUGGAGGCACUAGACGGAAACCAGGUCGUCAACGCGGCUCUGGUGGUGAGCAAUGGGAUCGUGGGACAGCUGCUCUAUCCGUUCGUUCUCGGGAGGUUGGGCGUCGUUGACACUCCUGGUUGCCAUGGAAAAGAGAAGGAGAAAGAGCGGCAAGAUGGGACGGGAAUGGAGGAGGUAGGCGAUGAUGAUAAUGACCGUGAUGACGCGAUGAUCAUAGCGGCAGGGACGACUAUCGGGGUCAACGGCGCUGCGAUGGGCGUUUCCUACCUGUACGAGAGGAAGAGUCGGGCGGCGCCAUAUGCAGCGUUGUCGAUGACUGUGUUUGGGGUAAUGACGGUGGUUUUCACGGCGGUGGAACCUUUCAGGGGCACUUUGAAGGCGCUGAUGCGGUGAGAAAAUCCUAUAGUCUACGGGAAGACGAAGUGCAAGACCACUUGUGCCUGAGCAUGACUCUCUGAAUACGGAUUGGGGCCUGAGGAAGGUUUAAAGAAAAAAA